AAUAGGAAGAACAUGUACACAGACCCAAAAGACAAGGAAAAGAGCGGGAAAAGAAUAAAAUGUGAUUGGCUGAUACUAUGUUUUACUGACAUGUGUAACUCUGUGAUUGGCUGUUGCUGCCUAAAUAAGGAAAUGCCUGACUGACCAAGGUGUGGCACUUCUAAACACAGCUGACAGUGUUUCGGACAGUGGUCCACACUGCAACUUCACUUGAUCAAUUAAAGUGCUGUUUACCUUGGAAGCCUCUGCUUGAGUCUCCUGAUUUGUCUUCUUGGAACCUCAAGUUCUUCGGGUAGCUGUUGACCCUUACACUGCUCUCUCAAAGCAGGAGGUAAGGCCAGGGUGAGAAGAGCCAGAAGGCCUUUGAGAUAGGAGCCAUGAACCCUCCAUCCUUUUACUCCAUGGUCUCAGGAAGUGUAUAAGAAUUUCAAUUCUUCACUCCAAAAUUCUGGCAAAUAACUAGUGUCUAUUUUAUCAAUGCUCAUUAUUUGUGGAACAAAAAUGUAUCAUUUUAGAGUUUAGAUGGUUUGUGUGCUACAUGCAACAUCACAGUCUGGUUUGGAAGCAUUACUGAUUCAGAAAGGAAGGCAGUGCAGAGAGUGGUGAGGAUGGCAGAAAAGAUUAUUGGCAGUUCCCUCCCUUCCAUCCAGGACAUAGCACAUACAGUAGGUGUUGCUUGAGGAGAGUCUGCAAGAUUGUCUAGGACACUAUACAAAAGUGUUUCUCAACUUUAACAAUUUUAAGGCAUGAGGACUUCAACUCCCAGAAUUCCACAGCCAGCAAUGCUGUGGAGAAACACUGCAGUAUACAUCCUCUUCACAACCUGUUUUCCUUCUUACCUUCUGGGAGGAGGCUCAUGGUAUCCGAAGCAGAACAUCCAGAUUCAGUCAUGGUUUUCUUCUAUACAGUAUUAACCUAGUGAAUUCUAAAGCUUCCUCCUUCUGUUAUGCAUUAAAGAUGGAUAGUGAUUAAUAUUUAUGUUAUAUGUAUAUGUACUUAUAUGUAAGGGUGUUGUAUAUAGUUGUAUAUAGUAUGUUUAAAUAUUUGUUAUGUAUAUGUACACUUUGAGAGCAAACAAUUAAAUUUCAUUUUUAAUGUGUGCCAUUGUGCCCACAGUAAAAAAAAUGACAAUAAAGGUUAUCUAUCUAGUAUGAUGACAUGUGUUUAUAAUAUAGUAGUCUGGUUUCUGAGGUACUUUUGAAGUAUGGCAGUGUUAGCCUUGCCACAGCGUGUGUUGAUUGUGCUAUAUUGGAUUGAACGGUUAGACAUGUUUUGAUAAAGUUGCCUGAGAUAAGAUAGUCUUGUUAAUUAGGUUAUUACUCAAUCGUGUUCUAUGUCCUCUCUUGCUCAUUUUUGGAAUACAGAAGCACUGCUUACACAAUGAUUGACUAAAGAUCCGCCUUCUUAAAUAUUUGAGCACUCUGCAGGAAUGUAAGUUGGCUAAAGGACAUGACAUGAGUGACAGUUGGGGACUAGCCAAAGUAAUGGAGCCAGAGGACGAUUUCCUAUAUAAAUACAAAGGAAUCUAUUUCAUAAAUGGCAUGUCUUCACCCAAAGGUAUAGAUUUACUGGACAGUUUGGAAAUCCGAGAUGAUGAUAUAUUCAUAAUCACAUAUCCUAAAUCUGGCACAAUAUGGACUCAGAAUAUUGUGAGCCUGAUUUUUCAUGAAGGUCAUCGAGAUGGAACUGAAAAUAUUACCCUGAAUGAAAGAGCACCAUGGCUGGAGUAUAACAUUUUGCAUGUAGAUUUUUCCAGUUACCCAUCACCUCGUCUCUUUAGUUCCCAUCUGCCCUACUAUUUGGUACCCAAAGGAUUACGAAGUAGAAGAGCAAAAAUUAUUUAUGUGCUUAGAAAUCCAAAGGAUAUCUUGGUUUCUAGCUAUCAUUUUCACAAAAUCUUAGUCAAAUUAGAAACCCCAAAAGACUUCAGUACUUUCUUUGAGACGUUUUUGGCUGGAAAAGUGCUUUGUAGUUCGUGGCUAGACCAUGUAGAAGGCUGGUAUGCUCAUAAGGGUGAUUUCAAUAUUCUCUUCCUUUCUUAUGAAGAAAUGAAAAAGGACCUGAGAAGAUCUGUACUGAAAAUAUGCAACUUCCUAGGAAAAAAGCUAACUGAAAAGGAGACGGAUGAUGUGGUAGAUAAAGCUACAUUUGAUAACAUGAAAAUAGAUUCCAGAGCAAACUACACAUUCUUGCCUUCUGAUCUCCUCGAUUUCAGCAAAGGAAACUUUCUUCGCAAAGGUACUGUUGGGGACUGGAAGAACACCAUGACUGUUGCCCAGAGUGAAAAGUUUGACCGUGUCUUUAAGGAGAGGAUGGAAAAGCUGCCCUUCAGGUUCUGCUGGGAUAUUCAGGAAGAUCUUGAGCCUAUUUCCAGCUCAGUGGAGGAAAAUAAUGUGUGAUGCACAACUUCAAAUGGCUUGGAUCAGAGAUGACCUUCCAAGAACAGUCUUUCUGUAACCUUGUAAUGCUUAAGUCUCAACUCUGCAGAGAUCAUAGAACAGAGCAACAUCAAAUUCUAUGGUAUUAUUAAAUAUUGUAGGCAUUUGCUUAUUGAUUUAUAUUUCCAUUACUGACUGACUCUGGGUGUUAUAUAUGAAAUAAAACCCCACAAAGACAACAUAGCAAAUAAAAAAAAUAUAAUAUCAACAAAAAAAUCCAAAGCUGAUAUAGCUACAACAGCCAGACCUAUUUAUUAUACUUUCCGCCUCCGUGAAGAUAUAUGUUGCUUGAUAUAUCAUCUUAGCCCAACUCCUACGGGAAAAAUCACAUUUUUAAGGCUUUUUUUUUCUUUUUUCUUUUUGAAGGCUAACAGACCCAUGGCCCUACAAAUCUUAGCACUCUGUGGAUAGGGUGGAGAAGACACUGAACCAGAAAAGGCAUAUCUCCUGUGUUGCGUCCUAAGCCUGCAAAUGCAGACUCGAGACAUUGCAAGGUUCCCGGGCAAUUGCAAAAACUGCCCGGGACCAGACUGAGUGGCGCCGGCCGAGUGCGCAUGCGCAAGGCACGAAAAGUGCCUAGUAAUGUUGCCAUCUUGUCUGGGGAAUUGGGACGUAUAAAAGGAGGCCUGCGUGCCUUUGCUCGUUGUUGGAGUUGGAAAUAAGUACAACAAUUGGAUGUGUUAAUUGGAUUUCCCUUAUCUACUAAGUAAAUCUAUGACAAAUUAGAUCAA